AUGGUACAAAUCGAUUCCCAUGAGUAUUUGUCCGAGGAAGAGAAACGCUUGAAGGAGGACCGUGAGAGAACAAAGUAUUGGAAGAAAUGGGGUCCUUACGUUGCUGAGAGGCAGUGGGCUACAGUGCGAGAGGAUUACAGCGCCGAUGGAGAUGCGUGGAGUCAUUUCCCUCACGAACAUGCAAGAUCCAGAGCUUUCAGAUGGGGAGAAGAUGGUAUUGCCGGUGUCUCGGACACCCACGGUUUACAAAACGUUGCUUUUGCCUUCUGGAACGAAGAAGAUGACUUUUUAAAGGAACGUCUCUUCGGAUUGUCGAACCCACAAGGAAAUCACGGAGAGAGUAUCAAGGAAGCACAUUUCCAUGUUGAUAACACUCCAACGCAUUCUUACAUGAAAUACUUGUACAAAUACCCCCAAAAGAAGUUUCCGUACGAGGAUUUGAUUGCAGAGAACGCCAAAAGAGGGAAAGACGAAAAGGAAUAUCAAAUUCUGGACACCGGUAUUUUCGAUGACGACCGAUACUGGGAUAUCUACAUUGAGACUGCGAAAGAUGAGGAGAAUCCAGACGAGCUCCUUUUCAGAGUUACCGCGUGGAAUCGGGGCCCCGAGCCAGCACCAUUACACAUUAUUCCCCAUCUCUGGUUUAGAAAUACUUGGGCUUGGGGUCAUGAGGCCGAGGACAAGAAGCCAAAAAUCAGUAAGAUUGGCGAGAAUGCUGCCCACGCUCGUCAUCACAAGCUAGGCGAACGAUACAUGAUCUUGUCUCCUUCUCCUGGUGUUGGACCCAGUGGUGUCGAUGUUCAACCUGAAUUAAUUUUCACGGAGAACGACACAAACAACGCCCUCUUAUACAAGGGAAAGAAUGCCCAACCAUAUGUCAAGGACGCAUUCCAUCGUUAUAUCGUAGACCGAGAAAAGAAGGCAAUCAACCCUAAGGAACACGGAACCAAGUCUGCAGCUUGGUAUAGUUUCAACGAGGGUGGUGGAGUGGCACCAGGAGAGUGUGCCGUGGUCAGAUUCAGAAUGUCCCAAAAGUACACAGAUUACUUGGACGAAGAAGAAUUCGAUAACACUAUGGACAAGAGAAAGGAUGAAGCUGACGAGUUUUACUACCGCAUCAGUCCUUUACCAAUGGCUGAUGAUCUUCGAAACAUUCAAAGACAGGCUUUUGCUGGUAUGAUGUGGUGUAAACAACAUUAUCACUUCAUCUGGGACCAGUGGGCAAAUGGUGACCCAGCGCAACCUCCACCUCCACCCGACCGUAAAGCUGUUCGGAACUUAAAUUGGAAACAUAUGUAUCUGGAUGAUAUCUUAUCUAUGCCAGAUUCCUGGGAGUAUCCUUUCUUCGCAGCAUGGGAUUCCGCGUUCCAUUGUAUUCCACUUGCCAUGAUUGAUCCAGAUUUCGCUAAGAAGCAAUUGGAUCUUUUCACCAGAGAAUGGUACAUGCAUCCCAAUGGGCAACUUCCCGCCUACGAAUGGAACUUUGGAGAUGUCAACCCACCUGUACAUGCUUGGGCCACAUUCAGAACAUUCAAAAUCGAGAGAAAGUUGUAUGGACGUCAAGAUCUCGAUUUCCUUGAACGAGUGUUCCAGAAAUUACUUCUCAAUUUCACCUGGUGGGUUAAUCGCAAGGAUUUCGACGGAAAGAACGUAUUUGAAGGUGGUUUCCUUGGCCUGGAUAACAUCGGUCUCUUUAAUCGUUCUGAGCCUCUGCCAACUGGAGGUACUUUGGAGCAAGCAGACAGUACUGGAUGGAUGGCUUUUUACUGCCUGUGCAUGUUGAACAUUGCAUUGGAGUUAGCUAAGCAUCGCCGAAUCUACGAAGAUAUCGCGUCCAAGUUCUUCGAGCAUUUCAUGCUCAUCAGUGAUGCCAUGACUUACAAGUCUGGCUCGGGAGAGAAAUCUUUGUGGAACGACGAAGAUGGUUUCUACUAUGAUGCUAUCUCCUAUGGUGGGCCAUGGACCCAACAGUUACCUGUCAGGUCUCUGGUAGGAUUAAUUCCAUUAUACGCCACUCUCACCCUGGAGCCAGAGCUCAUUAACAAAUUACCAAACUUUAAAAAGAGAGUUGAUUGGUUUGUCGAGAACCGACACGAUGUUGCUGAGCGUAAUAUGGCUAGUAUCCAGAAGAGAGGAAAGGGUAACCGAAUCUUGUUAUCACUUGUGAGCAAGGAUCGUCUCGAGAAGAUCUUGAAACGCAUGUUGGAUGAAGAUGAAUUCUUCAGUGAGCAUGGUAUUCGAUCGUUAUCAAAAUACCACGAAAAGAACCCAGUUUCAAUGGACGUAAAUGGCCAAAAGUUCGGGGUUCAAUAUGUACCAGGAGAUUCAGACAGUGGUAUGUUCGGUGGCAACAGUAACUGGAGAGGUCCAAUUUGGCUGUGUGUCAACUUCCUGCUCGUCGAGUCCCUACAACGUUUCUAUAUGUUCUACGGGCCUUCAUUGCAAGUCGAGUGUCCUACUGGAUCGGGAGAUAUGAUGCAUCUUGGUCAUGUUUCCGAAGAGAUUCAGCAUCGUCUUCAACAUCUUAUGGCUCGUGGUGAUGACGGACGUCGUGCUAUUAACGAUGGUAAUGAUAUCCUGGACUUUGAUCCCAACUGGAAGGAUAACUUGUGGUUCUAUGAAUUCUUUGAUGGUGAUAGUGGUCGUGGUUUGGGUGCUACGCAUCAAUGCGGUUGGACUGGUUUAAUUGCCAGGAUGAUUCACGAUACUGGAAUCUCCUGCCGUCUUCCCCAGACCCCUCGUACGCCUUCUUCAGGAAUGAACCACUACUUUGACGAUAUCUUCACCCGCCACGUUGCAGGUGGCGCAAACAAAUCUCAAAAAUCUCCUAAGCCAUAUCAUCUCCGUCGGACUUCAACUGCUCGUUCCAUUGGUGCACGUUCAGAUUUCGGGGAUCACGAACAUGAUGAUGAUGAUGAAGAACAACGUGAGAGAGAGGGAAGCGUGGCGCCCAUGGAUGAACAAAGAUUGAGAGAGAGGGAGGAGGCUGAUAGGCAUGUGGCCAAUUAUGUUAGCGAACAGUUGCAUAGAGUGAGAAGUCAUGAGAGUGCGUGGGCUGAUAACGUGGGAGAUGAGUUUGAGGCACAGCUGGAUGAGAACUAG